UGAAAGAUCGCGCAAGCGAAUCAGCGGGGCUGGUGAUUGCGCUGCGCUUAGCUGCCACGGGGAAGCCGGGCAACGCACUCGCCAAGCCGGGGCGGAAGGCCAGCCGGCCACGCCGGGCCCGCCCGCCGGGCUCCUUUUUCUGGGCAGCACAGGACCGGGAUGCCUGGGCGAAGGAGAGCUACGCGAGGGCGGCCGAUGAGAGGGCGCGCGCCCGCCGUGUGCCCGCGGGACGGGUAAGCAUUUGCGUCGCCCAGAAGCCCCCGCGGCCGGUGCGCAGAGGGCCGCGCCGCACACCCAGCAGGAGCCGGGCGGGGGCCCGGAUUGGUUGGGGGCGAGUCGCGUGUGCGGGUAGCGAUGACUGCGAAAGAACUGAGACGAUCGGGGGCGGUGCCCACAUCGUCAUGGCGGCCCCAGCCGGCCGGCUCGCGCGCGACCGAUCGAAGGGAGGCGCCGGCCCGUUUUUGGGUUCGCCCUGGCCCCCCAUAGCCUUGGGGGCUUUCUUUUGUGGCCCCCGCGCGCAGGCCUAUGCGCCCUGGCCCCCCAGCCAACCCGCGCCGGCCCCGGCCGCGCUUUCUUUGUUUCCUGCCCGGGAGGCGACCCCAGGCCGGGGCGCAUUUGCUGGAGGUGGGUGCGCGUAUGAAAGACAGGGGGCCCGGCAGUCUGGGCAAGGCAGACGAGAAAAAAGGGCAAGGUGGCCGGCGGUCCUGCACAGGGAGGGAGGCCGGGGCGUUCUUUCUUUUGUUUCCUAUUUUGUGGAGCCCCUGUGGCGCAGGGCCGGCAGCGGCCGGCGCCGGCACGCAGGGGGGGCCAGCUCUUGGCAGCCUCCCUCGUCCAGGCCCGGGGCGGGGCCUGCCGCCUGGGGCCGGGCGGCCUUCCUUCGGUUAUGUAUGUAAGUACUUUGCUGGGCCCGCCGCUUUCGGUGUGUUGUUUGCCGGUGAUUUGCCUGGCAGGCGCGCCGCCUAACCUUUGCCCCAGCCGGCGGGCCGUCCGUUGUGGCGGCACGAACGGCGGGCCGGUAGGUCAUUCGCCCCACCCCCCCGCGCGAAGCAGGGCAAGCCUUCCAUGCGUGAUAUGGGUUGGCAGCGCUCCUGCACAAGAUCACUGCUUCCGGUGCCGUUGCGCUUACACUCAGACUCAGUGUCUGUUUUCUGUUCAGAUCUGUCUAGCCCC